AUGCUUGGCUCUAGCUUUCAGAGAACGCUGAUAGGUGGUGCGCGAGCAUUCAGCACGUCGAGAUCAGUCUUUGCUCUGCCGUCGUUGAAAGUGGGAUACGUGCCGGAGCAUUUCUCCACCCCCAUGUUCUUUGCUAAGCAGCAAAACUACUACGAAGACGCUGGCGUUGACCCAGAGUUUAUUCCCUAUAAAUCUGGUACUGGCCAUAUGAUUGAAGCGCUGAAGAAUCGCGACAUUGAUCUUGCCGUUGGACUCACCGAAGGAUUUGUUGCCGGUCUUGGAAAAGGCCAGGAUUGGUUCCAGAUAGUUGGAAACUACGUUAAAUCACCACUUUGCUGGGCAAUCAGCACAGGUAUCAAUCGAGACGACGUCACAGCCCAAUCGGAUAUCCGCGGAGGAAAAAUUGGAAUCAGUCGAAUUGGCAGUGGAUCUUAUGUGAUGCCCUUUGUGCUCGCUCGGCAGGAAGGAUGGAAAGAGCCGUUUGAGUUCAAAAUACUGAACGAUUUCAAGAAUUUGCGCGACGGUGUUAAUAACAAGACGGCGGAUGCAUUCAUGUGGGAACUGUUCACCUCCAAGCGAUACUAUGAUAUCAAGGAGAUCAAAUAUGUGGGCCGUAUCUACACGCCGUGGCCAUCAUGGGUGGUUACUGCCCACACCGACGUCAUUUACUCCGAGCCCGAGACUGCCGCGAUCGCUAGAUUCUUCUCAGCAGUGAACAAAGGUAUUACGUACUUCAACCAGCACCCCGAAGAGGCGGUAGAAUACAUUGCGGCAAACCUAGACUACACAAAGGAGGAUGCGCAAGAAUGGCUGCACACGGUGGAAUUUUCAGAGAACGUGGCGGUCGUGGAUCAAACUGCGAUUAUCGACAAUACCGUUGAAAUUCUCAAGAGUGCGGGCGUUAUUGAGAAAGAGGAUAUUGUGCCUGAGAACUUUGUGUACCGUGUCAAGAGUUUGUGA